AAAUCAAAGGCCAUUAAUUAGAUGGUGAAAUGCCAGAGGAGGCCGUCUCUCUGUGAUGUUGACUUCCAGCCAGAGAGCACACACACACACGCAACUCAGCAGCAGCAAAGUGCGCCUGUGCUACGAGGGAUGGCUGAAUAUUACACAGCCCGACCUCUCUGAGAGGCAAACACGUCUAGCAGAAGUAUCCAGCGUGGGUUUGAAUGCAAGACCGACAUACAGGAUCCUGCCUGGAUUCGGGGGACAUAAUGCGGGCUCCUGAAGCGGCAGUGUCGUUGUGCUGCGUGUACAGUAACGAGCAGCUGAUCGACUGUGCUGUGAAUAAUGUCUGAAGGUGCUGACUCCGUGUUCAGAUCUGACUGGGAAAGUUGUUUUUCGGUUGUUUUGGUCUGAGUCAAGAUGCAUCUGUUUCGGAGUUACAAUUACCAAGUGUUCCCGGACCGCUACUCAGUGGAAAGAACGACCAUAAGGGGCAUCAGCUGGACUCCGCUGCCAGAAGCCCUGAAUUCAAAGGACACUAUGAAGCAGUUUCUCUCAGAUCGUGUUGUGAAGGCAGCGAGGUCAGUGUACAGCGUCAUGAUCGAGAGGAACCCCGGUCUGAUCCGAGAUAGAAAGUAUCACCUCAAAUCAUACAGACAAUGUUGUUCUGGUAAGGAGCUUGUUGAUUGGCUGAUGAAACAAAAUGACUGCCUCCAAUCAAGAAGCCAGGCUGUUGGAAUGUGGCAGGUCUUGGUGGAUGAAGGAAUCCUUGUUCAUGUGAAACAUGAGGUGAACUUUCAUGACAAGGACACCCAGUUCUACCGCUUCCAGGACUCCGAGUUUGGCCUGAACCACAUGACAAACGAGAAAGACUCGGAGGAUGAGCUGCAGGAAGCUCUGUCUCUGCUGUCUCAGCUGGGUCCUGAUGCUUUGCUCACUAUGAUUCUGCGGAAAUGCCCCAGUCAGAGGAGUGCUGAGGACCUGGAGGUCAUCUAUGAGGAGCUGCUCCAUGUCAAGGCUGCUGCUCAUCUCUCCGCCUCUGUACGGAAGGAACUAGCAGCUGUGUUGGUCUUUGAAUCACAUGCCAAGGCCGGAACAGUCUUGUUCAGCCAGGGGGACAAAGGCACUUCCUGGUACAUCAUCUGGAAAGGCUCUGUAAAUGUGAUCACACAUGGAAAGGGCCUGGUAACAACACUACAUGAGGGUGAGGACUUUGGGCAGCUAGCGCUGCUGAACGAUGCACCUCGUGCUGCCACCAUCAUCUUGAGAGAAGACAACUGCCAUUUCCUCCGUGUUGAUAAACAGGACUUCAUACGCAUUCUCAAGGAUGUGGAGGCAAAUACGGUGCGACUGGAGGAGCAUGGGAAAGCUGUGCUGGUACUGGAGAAGAGUGCUGACUCAGCAGAACAGGGAGGAGCAGGGAACAACAGCAAGUACACAGUAAUGUCAGGAACACCUGAGAAAAUACUGGAACACCUACUGGACACAGUGAAGUUGGACUCUAAUGGAAAUGAUGCUAUUGAUCCCUGUGUGGGUGACUUUCUGCUCACCCAUAAAGUCUUCAUGCCCUCCAGUCAACUGUGUCCUGCACUACAGCACCACUACCAGGCAGAGCUCUCUGAGGGCUCAGAUCAGGAGAAACUCUCCUACGUUCUCAACACCAAGCAGAAGGUAGUGAAGCUGAUUGGCCAGUGGGUGGCUCUGUACGGCCUUCUGCUGAAAGAAGACCCCAUUGCUUCAGACUUCCUGGAGAGGCUGAAGAAGGAGGUAGCAGCUGAUUUCCGUCUGUGCAGCAUGCUGAAAGAACAACUUAGGGACAGGAGGAGAACAAAAGUGUUGGAGAACGGAUAUCAGUCACUGAGCAGGAACCAGCAGUUCGACUGGUUUUCUAACUGUGAGGAGCCGGUGGGGAGGUUACAGCCAAUCAGAGCUCAAGAUAAAGUGUUGUACGAGAUCUACAGGCCAGACAACAAACCUCUCACUUUGAUGCUCCCAGUGAACACGUCUGUACAGGAUGUGAUGUCAGCAAUAGUCAAACCUGGAGGAGAUCACGUCCUGGUCAAAAUGAACUCUGCGGGAGAAAGAGCUCAGUUAAAGCUAGAUGCGACUGCAGUUUACACCGCCAUGGGACUCAACGAAAGACUGUUCAUCUGCACAAGCAGUCAAGUGGAACAACUGACACCCCUGGCGGAGCAGCAGGGUCCAGAGCGAGGAACAACUGACAUCCUCGAACAGAUGAGCUCAAAAGACAUCGCCAGUGAACUCGCCAACUACGAUUGGGAAUUGUUCACUGCCAUGCAUGAGGCGGAGCUUAUCUACUACAUAUUUGGCCGUCACAAAUUUCCAGGUGCCAUCACAGCUAACCUGGAGCGGUUUAUGCGUCGCUUCAAUGAGGUGCAGUACUGGGUGGUGACUGAGCUGUGUCUCUGUGAAGACCUGGUGAAACGAGCCAUUCUGCUCAAGAAGUUCAUCAAGAUCGCUGCAGUAUUAAAGGAGCAGAAGAAUCUCAAUUCAUUCUUUGCCGUGAUGUUUGGUUUGAGCAACAGUGCAGUACAGAGGCUCUACAAGACCUGGGAGAGAAUACCCAGCAAGACAAAAAGAGUUUACUGUGCGUACGAGAGGUUGAUGGAUCCUUCACGCAACCACAGGGCCUACAGAUUGGCUGUGGCCAAACUCAGUCCUCCUUACAUCCCCUUCAUGCCUCUGCUGCUCAAAGACAUGACAUUCAUCCAUGAGGGAAAUCCAAACUGUAUAGACAAAUUGAUCAAUUUUGAGAAGAUGCGCAUGAUUGCCAAGACAGUGAAAAUUGUAAGAGAAUGCAGAAGCCAGCCUUACGUGCCUUCAUCUCCACAGAGGGGCCUGGCAGAUCGGAUGUUUCUGGAAGGGCCUGCUACUCGCAUAUCUACAUACUCAGACCACGCCCUGCCUCUGCGUAGUCCCAGCAACAUCCGACACUACAUUCAGAACCUAAAGGUGAUCGACAACCAGCGCAAGCUAACACAGCUAUCGAGAACAGCAGAAUGCUAGGACACCAACCUGCAAAUGUACAAAGACUGUAUAACUGUAGCCUAAAUCUGAACCAGAGAACGGAUUGUAGCUGGAUGAACAAAACUUCCACACUUGUCUAAAAAAAAGAUGGACCUCUGGAGGUGUUGCUUGAGUGACUGAGUGCCACAGAUAUUCAAUCUAAUUGAAGGGGCUUGGACAUUCAUGGAGAAGCUUUCUGCACAGCGAUGAGAGAGAAAAUAAGCAGUUUCCACAGUAAUCACAUCAAAUACCAAACCAGAGAGUCCAAUUCUGUGUCCAUGAGUCUUCAGGGGACGCUUUUUAUCCAAAAAGCCUUAUAGCGCACUGGUAUACAUACAUUUUGUUGUGUGUGUAUCGCAGUGGGAACUGAUCCAGUGGUGAUGCCACUCAAAUACAUAAACUACACAAUGUUACAACAUGUACAGUUAAGCAAAGUAUGCCUGUGUCUUGUGUCAAAAGUCAUUUAUGUGACAUUUUAUAUACUGCUGUCUGUGAGAUUGAAUAAUGCUGAUGGUUUCACAAAAGGGUCAUAAGAACACACACACAGAUCUUUGCUAUAGCUAAUCACUUUAGGUCAGUUGUUGUUGUGCACUUGUAUUUUAAAACUAAUAUAUUGCAGAUCAUUUUUGGCAGCCAGGCCACUGACUGACAUGCAUAUAAUUUCAUACAAUGUUUGUUUUCUAAAUAAAUUAUUUUCUCAGUAAUGUGUAUUCAAUGAAAGCACCAGAGUUUGUAAAAAGGGAAAUAUUUUAUUUAAAGUACAAACCAUAACAGGUAAAAAUUGACCUCCAAAUAGCCCCCCCCCCCCUUUUUCUUCCCUGUUAACAAAAAUGUUCUCCCCAAUAUGGGGUGAGAAAAAUUCACAACAAAUCAGUUAUCAUUUGAAUUCCAAAAUACUCUCCUUGUCAUAAAUAUAUACAACUUCUUUUUGAAAGUCCUGGAGAGUGAAAAUGGGCUAAGACAUGUAAAAAAUGGGGACGGGUGGGGGGUGCCUUCUCCUGAUGUAACCACGGAGGAUGUAGUAAAAUGAUCCCCUGUCAUAAAUUAUGCAUUGACAUGUUCAGUAAAGAAUUUUCAUGUAAGCAAUGUUAAAAGAUUUAAAUCAAUUACCAGUGGGGAUUUUGUAGACCAUUUAACAAAUAGUAAAUCACUAUCCAUUGAGAGGGGGCACAUGUAAUGAAGCAAACAAAUGUAACACAUAUGGUUAAGUGUAAUGGUGGUGUUUAGACAGGUGCAACCAUAACAGCACAUAAUUCAUCAAACUAUGUCAACAUACUCAAGUUCAACUCAACGGAUAUGUUCUUGUGGUUUGUGUUUCUGUGUCAGUAUGUGGCGUAAAAAUCAGUACAAUCAGAAAAGUGGUCCAGCAAUGAAGUGGUGAAUACAUCUGAAGUAGAAACACACUUGAAGAAUGCUUAGUGAGAAAGCAGGUGAAGGUGAAAAGCCAGAACACAACAAAAGAUUUAGUCUAUGUGCUCAUCACAUACUUUGACACGCAUCACUACAUGUUACAAAGUUCUGGGUUAUCACAACGCAGUCACAAAUAAAACAUAAAACAAAAGAAAGCACUGUAAUAUAUAAAAAAAAAAAGAGUGAAUAUAAAUAUUGCACUUCCAAACAUUUAGUUCCCAGUGCCUAGUUUGUUAUCCCUUUGUUAGAGGUACAAGACAUCCUGUAGGACGCCAACAUCUGGACGGUAGACUUACACUCUUUGGGGGGAGAUUUUCCACUGAGGUUGUAAGUAUUUUAACUGCUGCUGUGCUGUUAAAAAAAAAAGUCAUCCUGGCCAGUGGCUGUAUUUAUGCGAUCAUGAUCAAUAUUAUUGCAGAAUGGCUUAACCUCAAUGAUCUUAAGCUACAGAGGUGAUAGGGAUAACCAGGACUAAGCAGUGGGAAAGGUAAUAACCAAUUCAUACACAAAACAAACAUUCAUAAAUAUACCAUUCACACAAAUGCAUGUAUGCAUGAAGUCACACAUGUAUACAUGCAAGCAAACACAACUCCAACUCAGACAUUGAGUAUUUACAUUUAAGGCACAUAAAAUCUAUGUACAUGACAAAUAAAAGAAACCAACACUAAGCAUUUUAAUGUUCUGUCCCUGUAGCCUUUUGGUAGUGGGAUGACUUCAGCCACUUCUCUUUCAAAACAUGGGCUUUUUUUUUUUUUUUUUUUACUCAAAAGACAAU